AUGAAUAUUGAUAAAUUCAAGCAGGACGUUGAUGAACUUAUCGCUCAAUUCUCACAGGAUGAGUCAAAAACUUUGGCUGAUAUGAAGAGAGUAUGGAUUUCUAAGAAGUUUUCCUACAUUUAUGAAGCCAGUCCUUCUACCAACUUGGCCUUCUUUAUGCAGUCUCUAUAUGCUCAUUGUAUAGGUUACAUCGUUAGCACCGCCGGUUCUUUAUCACACAGAUUGGGUGGCCUUUAUUGCCUCUAUUGUCUUUACGAGACUCAACCAUUCAAACCUACUUUUAAGGUCUACAUAUCCCUUGGAGAGUUAAAGAAUCUUAGAACUCUUGUUGUUGAUGCAAAGGCAAAUGAUAUUAGUGUGGUGCCUGCUUUAGUCAAAAGAAUGCUGGAAAGAAACACAUUUCUUUUUGGUGCUGUCGACUUAGUGGAAAGUUCUGCCACAGAAACAGUAAAUCAACUCCAAAAUUUACAGAAGGCUCGUAUUCAAGUUGCAUACAAAAAGUUGUUUGAUAGCACGCAAAUUGAAACAUAUGUGCGCAUGGACCUUGGAAUGGAAGUAGACCUCAAUUUGCUGAAGCAAAUGUCAACUGAAUAUGCUGAGGCCAAGAAUGUAGCGAUUAAAGAAGCAAGCAGUAUAUUGGAUGUCCAAAACAUAAAACACAUAUCAGAAGAUAAGGAAUUGAUAGGAGAUGUUGUGGAGAAGAUUGCUGAUGAUUGGAACGUCCAGAAACAAACAUUUUAUAAACAAACCGGAUUGGAGGAGGAUGACGGAUAUGAUCAGGAGCUGGAGCAAUUUCUUUUAGAUGAUGAGCAUAAUGAAUACUGA